AUGUUUCGUGUAUAUUUUGCCAACUUCCUUUCACACUCCCUCGUUCUAUUCUACCUACUGUUAUCUUAUUUCCUUUCACUACUUCAGCAUGAUCAUGGAGUCUCAGCCUCUUAUGGGUUGGAGCUCUUACAGUUUUUAGUUUUCAUCAUUGGAAUGCCUUUUCUCAGAGAUAAUGGUGAACUGUAUCUUCCACUACACGAUUUUCCCUUACAAGACUACAAUCUUGAUGCUGUUCCUCUUAUGGAGUAUUACCCUUCAGAUCCUUUAUAUGAAACACUCGCCAUCGACCCAACAUCAAGCCUGCGAGAUACUGGUUAUCUUGUCACAGCAGACUAUGAUUUUUAUGACAUUCAAAAGGGCCUUCCUGUGUGGAACGAGGUGGAUGCUGUGUUUGAUUCGGAAAAGGCUUUUUUAUUUCGCAACAAAGAAGAAAGUGGAGGAAUUGUGAAGGAAGUGAUGGAGGAUAGAAAGGUUAACCAAGGGAGAGAAGAGAGAAUGAACUGUAGCAGUAGCAGAAUGUUAUCAAGGAAGACCAUAUCUCAAUACUUCUACAUGCCAAUAACACAAGCUGCCAGGGAACUUAAUGUGGGGCUGACACUUUUGAAGAAAAGGUGCAGAGAGUUGGGUAUAAGAAGGUGGCCCCACAGGAAGCUGAUGAGCUUGCAAACUCUGAUAAAUAAUAUACAGGAGCUACUGAAAGAGGAGGGCCCAGGGAGUGAAGAGAAGUUAAGAAGUGCCAUAGAGAUAUUGGAAAGUGAAAAGAAGCUUUUGGAGGAAAUGCCAGAUAUUGAACUGGAAGAUAACACAAAAAGACUUAGACAGGCAUGUUUCAAGGCCAAUUACAAGAAAAGGAAGCUAGGGCAGAGGGAACCACAGUGUUCUUCUUGGAGUGGCUGUGGUAGAAGUAUUGACACAUUGGGAGAAUAUAGUAACGAAAGUGAAGAAGAACGAGACAUCAAUUAUCUGAUGUCUCAUUAUCGCGUUACAUACAUAGUCUCCGAUGUGAAGAAGGUCUCCAUCACACUAAUAUCUUCCAGACAUAGCCCAAUUGGCAAAGCAUCUAUCAUUACUUUCAUUGCCAACCCCCACCCCAAAACCCUCCAUUCAAUAUUUAAAUUGAUAAAGUUCGUUGGUGAUCACUAG